AUGGAUUUGAAUAAAGAAGACAACAAACAUGAAAGAAAAGGACAGAAUGGUGUCUAUACGAUGCACAAUAAAGUUAUUUAUUUGGAAGCUCUGAUUGCUAUGCUGCUAAUUGCUACUGAACCAGUUAACAUGAGGGCCUCAUUUGGCCCCUCCCCUGCACAAACAGGGCUGAGAAUCGGCCAAGUGUCCACUGCGUUUUUCAUCUUCCAAAACGACACACACAGGUCCCGUCUAUCGUCGUAUGAGGUUCCCGUUGCGCCAUGUCAGCAUCGCAUACGCUGUUCUCCUUUCAAACGUGAAAUUUCGGCGAAGUUUGCGGAAGAAGGUAAUCAGGCAUGCAAUAGAAUAGUGGGUAAUACAAAAGAACUUGAAUAA